AUGCUAAACUUUCAAAGUGCUCAUCUUCCAAAGAUUGAUAAGCGAAACAAUAAGGCCUCAAUAGAGCCCACAGUUAUUGAUGAAAUAUUAAUCAUCAAAUCAGUGAAGGAUUACAAUGCAGAGAAUAAAAUAACUAUGGGAGAUUAAAUUAUGUUAAACUCUUUACGUGUCAUGUCUUUGUCUUUUAAGAAUAUCUGGAAGAUUGAAAAUCUUUAAGGAUUGGAGAGAUUGGAGAAGUUACAAUUAGAUAAUAACAUUAUUUAAAAGAUCGAGAAUUUGGAUCAUUUGGUCAAUUUGCAUUGGCUUGAUUUAUCGUUUAAUUUGAUUAAGGAGAUAGAAGGAUUGGAUAAACUAGUCAAUUUGAAAGACUUGUCAAUGUUUAAUAACUAAUUGACAUCUGUUGGAGGUUUGGACAAUUGCAAAUCUCUAAAUGUCUUAUCCAUUGGCAAUAAUAAAAUACCUUCCUUUGAAAUUGUAACACAAUAUUUUAGUAAAGGAAAAGGAAUGAAAUUUAAGAACUUACAAGUGUUAAAUGUAGCAGGAAAUCCAUUUACAAAAGAACCAGAUUAUAAAAAUCAUAUUAUUAAUUCAUUACCAAAUCUUAGAUACUUGGAUUAUAGUUUCAUUGAUGAAGCAUAGAGAAAUUAGAUAAGAGAAUCAGAUGAAAAAUUUAGAACUGAUGCUAUUACUUAGGAAGACUUCUUAAAAUAGAUGUAAAAUUAAGAAUAAGAGGAGAAAAACAAUAAUGAUGAAUUAUUUAAAAGAAAGAGCGCGAGAAUGGAUUUGGUGGAAAAGUUAAGUGAUGAAUUAAUUUAAGAUGAGGAAUUAGAAAAAGUUAAAACUAUGAAAGGAGUUGAAGAGGAAAUAAACAAAUUCUAAGAAAAGAUAAAAGAAACAGUGGAGAAUCUUUAAAAGAAUGUUAUUCAAAAGAACACUGCUAAAUUAUAAUCAAUUGAAGUAAACAAAUUCGAACAAGCAGUUAGAGCAAGAGAAAUUAAAAGUGAAAACGAAACCAUAUUGACUAUCAAAAGAUUUGAGCAUCAAAAGAAACUAGCAUUUAGAGCAAAAGAAAGAAAUGAGGAUAGCUGGAAAUUAAAAUUGGAAGAUUUAGAAAAAGAAACCUAAAAACUUAAGGAUAAUCUGCUCUCUACAGAAUUACAAUUGAUGGUGGAUAUAGAGGCAGCAUUAGGAGAUUUUGAUGGAAAGUUAGGGUUUAUAACUAAAGAUAUGUCUGAUUAUGUCUCAGGAGAUCACGGAUUUAAGAAGAUUGGAGAUUUCAUUAGAGAAUUCGGAACUAAAUUAACAGAUAUAGCAAAAUUAGAAUAUGAUAGAUACUAAGUAUUUGUGUAAUAAGGAAGUGAUUUAAGUGAAUGGGAUGAGGAUCUAUAGACAUUAUUUGAAAAUAAGGAAACUCUAUUGGGUACAGUAAGUAACAUCAAAGAUAACUUAUAAUCUAAAGCCAAUACUAAAGACACCAAUAUUACCACAUCGAUCGAGAGAGACAUCAAGUUAUUGGUUACAAGUUACAAAGAAAAGUAAUAUGAAAGAAAUAGAAAGAAUGUGCUCUAAAUUAACAAAUAAAUUGAAGACUACACAGAUUAAAUCAAAAAUUAGCAAACACCCUCGGAUGAUGAGUCUGAAGGCAAUUGA